AACUGCUAGAAUUUAUUUUAGCAUAAUGGCGAUUUCUUUUUGACAAUUGGACGUACUAUUGGCGCACGUGUUUUCCUACGCAACGUUCAGAAAAAUUUAACAAAAAGAGAUGAAUCCCGAGAAAUUGAAAAAGUUGCAAGCGCAUGUGCGUAUUGGUGGAAAGGGUACUCCACGUCGCAAGAAGAAGAUUGUGCACUCGACUCCUGCUACCGAUGACAAGAAAUUACAGUCGUCGCUAAAAAAAUUGUCGGUGAACACAAUUCCAGGGAUUGAAGAAGUUAAUAUAAUCAAAAAUGAUGGCACCGUCAUUCACUUCAAUAACCCUAAAGCACAGGCAUCUCUUCCAACAAAUACAUUCGCUAUUACUGGACAUGGGGAAAACAAGUCUAUUUCAGAAAUGUUGCCAGGAAUUUUAACACAGUUGGGGCCUCAGGACAUCACACAAUUGAAAAAGAUCGCAACGGAAUUCGCUAAUAAAGGUGCCGCAGCUGCCGGUUUAUCGAGCGUAUCUUCAGCUGCAGUUGAUGACGAUGUUCCAGAUUUAGUGCAGAACUUUGAAGAAGUGGCCAUUGGGGGUGCAUCAGCCGCUGCAAAAGGUGUAGAUAUCACUAGCACAACUGAGUCAACACCGAAAACUGAAGAGGUUCCUGUGGCCUAAGGAGGAGUUUUUAAGAUCGAAAAUUUAGGAUUAGUGGUGCCGACAUACGCAAACAACAUCUACAAAUUAAACAUAAUAUAUAAAACCUGGGAUAUAAGUAAGGGAUGACGACGAAAAGAAGGAAAAUUCGUUAGUUAUAUCGAUCAGACGUGCGUCUGUAUUUGGAGUUGAGUUAUGAAAAAGAUUACAAUUAACAAAACAACGUACUACACAAAAACAUAACCAGAGAAGAACUAUACUGUGAACCAAUUAAAUAUUGAAUGAAACUUUGUUUCUAUCAUAAAAUACACAAUUUUUGUUUUCACACACUAGAAGGUAAUACAUACAUCAUAGGAGGCGAAAGUAAUACUCAGAAAAUAGGAACCGAGAAUAAUUCCAUAAAAGAAUCAUACUUAAAACACUCCAGUCGAAACAUUACCAAUACGAGUAGGCGUCGAAAGAAGAGUAAAACAUAAUGUGCAUAAAGUUCAAUGUUCAAUGUUCUUGUAUAAAAUGUAUUACUUUUAUAUUGAACAUGUUUGGCAUGUUAAAAGAUGACUAGAUUGGGCAAUGCAUUUGAAAUUUGCCUUACUACUGAUUUCCCCUUAAUUUUGCAUAUUACACCUAUUUAUUUCCGCCACAUUAUUUGAAUUUUUCCCCUUGUCGGAGGUAACCUAAAUCUCAAUCAAAAUAAUUUUUCAGGAUAAAAGGAAUUCCCCUCUAAACUGUUAUAUUAAUUUUGCUUUUACGAAUAAAAUGGCAUGGAAUGAAUUAAACUUUUGAUCAAACUUAUACCAAAACUACUGUUAAUGUAUUAAUUUUUAGAAACCCCUAAAGGAAUAUGAAUAAACUAAUACAAAACAUGAGUUACAA